AUGCAUUUCAGGAACCCAACUUCAAGAAGCAACCAGUUUAAGAUGUUGAGAGGUGAAGGAAGCAAGGCAGCGUUCACAAAGAGGGAGAUAACGAGAGGAGCAAGGAGAAUACUUAAGACACUAACCAAGGAAGAUGAGGAAGAGAUUGAGAGGGAAGAGAGUGAUGAGUCUCCAAGAGGAAGGAGAAGAGGUGAAUCAAGAGUUGAGGAGAGUGAGCAUGAGAGCAAUGAGAAUGUGCCCAUGGAAGAGGAGGAGUCAGAGGAAGAAGAGGAUGAGCUCCCCAUGUACCAAGAGCACUAUGAUGCUCUCUUCUCCAUGGACUUUGUGGAGACCAAGUACCCACAUGAUGACACAAUGAGGGCUCUUGGGAUCUUUGAGGAUGUGGAGCUGGUCCUCAAGAACAUGCGCUUGGCCAAGUUCUUCUCUUACCGCUUGGAGUCAUACAAGGAGCUCACUUGUGAGUUUUUGGCAUCAAUGAGGGGAGAAAGGAAGGUGACCUUCAGGCAGUUGGAGAUCCUUUGGUUUCACUAUGGAGAGGGAACCCAUUGGGAUAUCAAGGAGGAUGAGCUACAAAGGGUAUGGGCUACAAUCGCUGAAGAGGGAUACUCUUCUUCAAGGUCAAAAGCUGCUCAAAUCAGGAGCCCAGUGCUGAGAUAUGUUGAUGAUAGGAUUUGUGUGUGGUGUGAAAGAUAUGAAAUGAGAUGUGGUGGAAUGCAACAGUGGUAA